GGUCGGACCUGCACGCCUCCGUGACUUUUCAGCUUGUUUUUAAAAUAGACUACAAUGGACAGCGGGCAUUAGUGAUGUCGAUGUGGACAGGCAAGCCUAUGGACAAGGACAUCUAAAAUAGGGGUUAAUAUCGAAAUGAGUGCAGUAUGAGUUCAAAGUUUCGAUGCCGACCAAUUACACAUCAUAUUUAGAGAAAAGAAGGACGAUUAUAUUGAGCGAGACAAGCGGAUGCACGUACAUUCACAUGUACAAAGGUCAUAGUUGCAAUGUUUACAUCAAAAGCUUCCUGCGAAGCGCCUGCGCCCGCCGGAGGAGCUUUUUAGCCCAGGUUUGCAGGUGUAGUGCGAUGGAAUUUCGACGUGUUAGUUUCGCAUCGCGGCUAGAAAAGUAAUAUAACUUUCUGCCAGUGCUCGUUAUUUUCCACCUUGGUUUUUAUUAAGAAAACACAGUAGUUCGAGCAUGACUUAAUACAUUUAUUUUGAGUGAAACCGCACUCAAUAUCCUGUGAAUGUGCGCAUACGAGAAUAAGCAAUAGUAAAGUGUAUCCUGGAAUUUUGGCAAACAUAUACAAGUGCAUACGAAAAGACAUACACGCAUACAUACAUACUUGUUCGUUAAAUAAAAUCAAAUCCGUGACCAUUUAGAUAAUCUUCGAAACAUUAAUAACCCGUUUUCAGUGCUAAAUGAAAUAUGAGACUAUCAAAUAUCCCCGAAAAUAUCCUUUAACUUAGGUAUACCGUAUACGCAACUACUGCAAAAUAUAUAAACCUAUGUGUUAUACAUACAAUGUUAUAUCCCGUGUAGAUGUGUAAUUGAGUGCUCGUGCACAAGUGUUGGUGUGCUCAUCUUCCGUGAAAAUUCAGAUGAUAAAAUGUAACUUCUAACCAAUUAAACGUACCAAUCUGCAAUAGUGGCCAAUAGCGGACUAGAUAUGAAAGUCAUUAGGUCGAUUUAAUCAACAACUAAUCAGUGCUAUUCCAAUAAUUAUACAACAUGGAGUUACUGCUGCUGUUUAUGCUAGCACUUCAACUUAUAGAAUCCAGCAUCGGAAGUAAAGAUGUUCCAAUUCACCAAAUUGAAUCUAUAGUUGGUGAAAAUAUUUAUCUUCCUUGCAAUGUAACGACUUAUGAUGGCGAUGAGCCUGUGCUGGUUCUGUGGUACCGAGAUGAUAAGGGUACUCCAAUUUACAGCAUCGACAUUCGAGCUGGAGUAUCCAAAGCACCGAAAAGAUGGUCGGACGAUUCCGUAUUUGGGGAUAGAGCAUAUUUUAUCUUUGACAAGGAACCGGGAAAACUGUCAAUUCAGAAUACGCAGGCAUCCGACUCCGGAACUUAUAGAUGUCGCGUAGACUUCCUGAAAGCGCAGACCAUAAACAGCCGCAUUAGGCUCAAUGUCAUAUCUCCACCCAAGCAAGUUAUUAUUCGAGACAGCUCCAAUGUGGAGCGUUCUACAGUUGUGGGACCAUAUAGCGAAGGCGACAUCGUAUCCCUGAAAUGCCAAGUAAUUGGAGGCUAUCCCACGCCCACCAUCAGUUGGUAUCGCGAUGGCAUAGAAAUUCCCUGUGAAUUGUCUCAUUUGGCAGGCGGCAAAAUUAUAGAGUGCGAAAUCACGCUACCAUCUCUGGGUCGGGAGGAUCUUAACUCCCGACUCACCUGCCGGGCACUGAGCCACCCCCGGGCACCCAUCGUCGAGGCGGUGGUUCAAAUCGAUAUGAAUUUUGCCCCUUUAAACAUCCGACUGUUGGGGGCACAUCAACCAUUGUCUGCUGGACGCAGAUACGAUCUAUUGUGCCAAAGUGCUGGCUCCAGGCCGCCGGCCGUAAUUACUUGGUGGCAAAAUGGCAUACGGCUGGAGAAGACAACCGAAACGACUUCAAGCGAUGGCAACCAGACCACAAGCACUCUCUCAAUCAGUCUAAGCAAAUCAGAUGCGGGAAAGUAUUUAUCAUGCAAAGCCUACAACCAUGCCGUUCCCUCCGAGCCCUUGGAAGAUGGCUGGAAAUUAGAUAUACAAUAUGUCCCGGAGGCAUACGUUCGUUUGGGAACAUCUCUGGAUCCGAGCACUUUACGAGAAGGAACAGACGUCUACUUUGAUUGCCUGGUGAUGGCCCAUCCAAAUGUCUUUCGCAUCGAAUGGCGUCACAACGAACAACCGUUAUCACACAAUAUAUCGCAGGGCGUCAUAAUUAGUAACCACUCGUUGGUACUGCAAGGUGUAACGAGAGCCACUGCCGGAAACUACUCCUGUGUGGGUUUCAAUGCCGAAGGAGAAGGAAUCAGUGCUCCCUUUGCACUAAACAUACUCUACGCCCCCACGUGUGCCCAGAAUCAGAAGAAGGUGUACGGCAUAGCCAAGCAGGAGGAUGCGAAGGUCAUGUGCACCGUGGACGCCAAUCCGCGCGAGGUUGAGUUUAGCUGGACAUUUAAUAAUUCUGCCGAGAGUAUUGAUGUCGCCACAAAUCAUAUUAUACGCUCGGGUACCACCUCCAUUGUAACAUACACACCCAUCACGGAACUGGACUAUGGAACCCUUUUGUGUUUGGCGUCAAACAAAAUUGGCAAACAGCGAGUGCCGUGUGUCUUCCAUAUAAUCGCCGCAGGUCGACCGGAAAAAGUUCAUAAUUGCACGGUGAACAAUAUAUCCAUGACAUCCUUGACGGUCACUUGUAGUGAUGGUUUCAACGGCGGCUUGCCACAGAAUUUUAAUUUAGAACUGCUUGACUCCUACACACAAGAAAUUAAAGCUAACAUAACAUCCACUAUUCCCAAGUUUACGGUGCCAGGCUUAAGUCCGGGAAGUAUAUAUAGGCUAAAUAUUUACGCGUUCAAUACGAAGGGUCGAUCCGAUCCAGCUAUAGUCAAUGCGGCCAUGCUGCGAAUGCCCGAGAAGCAACUGACCUCGGAACAGACCCACAAUCUUCGCGCUGAGCUGCUAUUUUCUCCGGUGAUGUCCUUAACAAUUGGCCUAACCCUCGCUGUGCUGGUCGCAGUUUUGGCCAUCAUUCUGGCACUUCGCAUACCCUGUACCGCUUCAUCGAGACGGCGUCAAAAGGAACUAUCGAAUGAGAAUAUAUCCAGAGAUGAGUCGCCAGGACCAAGCGACAAGAGUUCCGGCAGCAAGGAUGUGGACGAUUGCGAUGAAAAGAAUCCGGAUGUGGUGCCCGAAUCCAUUGAACCGGAUGAGCAGGCCGAGAGCAUCAGGAAAAGGCAGCAGAUAUCAACGAUUGAUACCAAUCGCAGUCCCAAUCGAGGAAUUUUCGUGAAUGAGCAACAGCAUCUGACAGCAGCCGAGAUUUCCCUGCGCGCCUCCCAUGGAAUUGGAUACUGCACCCUGAGGAGUGGAAUGCACGCCCAGGCCCAGAGUUCGGUGGGCGAAAUAUCAAUAAACGUAACGCCACACGUGUACUCGAACUCGAUCUCGCAAUGCACUCUGCCGCGUCAGUCGUCGCAGAACGUGUGGAACAACUACAACUGCAACAUCACCGGAGCGAGGCCGACCUCCACGUUCCACCAGCUGACCUUUCCCCAGGGCAGGGUCAAUGUCGGUGGCCACAAUCCGGCGCAGCCGAUCCAUGGACACGCACCAUCGCCGUCGCAGGCAUCCAAUAGCUCCAUGGCCUCGUCGACGAACACAUUGCCCCAGCCACAUCCCCAUGGACGAACCAUCGCCAUGCACCACAUGAACCAGGCCCAGUGUGGCAGAGUCUGCAUCGGAAUCGCCAGCGAUGGCAUCCACUCCGCCGAGCAGAAUCUAUCCGACGACGAGGUCACCGUCCAAACUCCAUUAAUGAUAAAGCGCGACAGCACCGUAUGACUAUAGAAAUUCCACAGGGUAUUCGACACGCCCCUGUGAUUAGGAUUUACAAUUUUCUGUAUUCUGCAUUUCGAAACUCAAUAGAAUAAACUUUUUAUACCACUUUAUUAUCGAAAAUACAACAAUAUUCUGGAGAGAUCAAUUAUUUUCGGCCAAUUAUGAAGUGUUAGUUUUAAACGUUGUUAAUUAUAAGUUACACGACAUCAAUAUCCAAUGAAAUAACUAAUAGGUUUUAAAUUGUGCAAGCAGAACACAGAGGUUUACUUGUGGCCAAUGCAAAUACUUUAAAUGCAGUUUUUAAAAAUCCUAGACUAUGUACUGGCAACGGAUCAGAAGAAUUUAUAGACUGGGUUAUUGUUAUUGUAUAUUAUUUACGAUUGUUUGUAUUUGUUUCUGAGGCAAUGAUGUAAAAAUGCGUUUUUUACUUUCGCACUAUUAAUUAUUUCAGAAUAUGUAUAAGGAUAAUUCAAAAUGUGGUGACUUAUGUUUUCGUUGAUAUAAGUAAAAAGACUUGGAAAAAUGUUAGUUAAUUCUUGUGUUUGCGUACCCAAUGUUUUUGUAACUUUAAACUAAAGCCCAACCAAUUUGUUAUAUGUUUUUCUUAAAAGAGAAAAAAAAAACAAAUGCACCAGAGAAUAGGUUUAGUCAAAUGAAAUUUGACGAAACGAUUGCUUCCUUCUAUUGAAGCCAAUGCUGCUUUUUUGAUACAUUCGUGAUGGUAAAUAAUUUUGGAAUAACUUGCUCAAAUAUAUAUGUACUAACCCAGUGUAAUGUUGGAGGAAAUAAUGCCCAUUUUUUUCUUACAACGCUGGCCGGCAUUUAUUUUGAAAUAUUUAAUUUUGUACUGGUCGAACUUACAUAAAACUUAUAUUUAAAAAUACCAUAUAUAUUAGGAACUUAGCGUAAAAUUACUGUGAGCAGUAUUAUAAUAUCUAAGUUAUAAAUAAAAAAUAAAUUAAAAGUAAA